AUGGCUGAGCAGACUGAGCUUAUGAAUAAGUUGUCCGAACUGUUAAAUGCUAUUGAGAAAUCUACAAGAACAAAUCAGCAAAGCCAAGAGCAACUUGCUGAAAGUACUGAAAAGGGCAUUCGCAGCCAAACUGACUUUCUGACAUCACAUGAACAACAACAAGCCCAAUUGGCAACACUAAUAUCGCAAAAUACUUUACAGGUGGGUCCUGCCCUCCAUCCCACACCAUUUUUUGGUAAGCCGACAGAUGACCUUACAGCAUUUCUUGGCCACUUUGAACGGUACUCUAAUUUCUGUGGGUGGGAUUCUAAACAACGUCUACGGGCCCUACCCCUUUACUUACAGGGUAAUGCUGGAUCUUGGUAUGCUAGUCUUAAUACUAGUUUUGAGAGUUAUGAUGCUUUAAUUAAUGCACUAAAAGAACAGUUUAGUAACCCGGCAUCACUGUGGCUCUUGCGUCAACAAUUAUCAUCAAGAAAGCAGAAUGAAACUGAGCCUGUAGCUAAUUAUGCAGCAGAAAUUAGGCGGCUAUGCAAGCGCUUAGGGUUAAGUGACAAUGAAGGCAUGCAUUAUUUUAUUCAGGGCCUUCAUCCAGAUUUGAAAGGCCAUGUUAUAUUGGGACAGCCAAAAACUCUGGCAGAGGCAGAAAACCUUGCUCAUCUUAAAGAAGCUGUUUCAGUGAGUACUCCUAAUUUGGCACAGUAUAAAUUUGAAUCCCAGCUUCAAUCAGUUAUUAAAAGUUUAGAGGCACUUGCAAGCGACAAACAGCAAAAUCAAGCACCAAAUAUAGCUGCUUACAGUAAUUAUUUGAAACCUGGGAUACCUGAUCAGGAAGUACAUAAUUUCAACCAUGGUCAAUACCGUUCACGCCAUCCCUCACCACCUGGCUCAAUGCAUGACUCAAAUAACAUAGCAAAAUUAGUUCGAGAGGAAGUGCGGCGACAAACACAAUACCUCACCCAAACAAACCGCCCAUCAAGUUCUGGUGUUCCUUCUAACCGUAACCGUCGCACAACUGAUGGCUUACCCAUAUGCAACAAAUGCAAUAAAGUUGGCCAUAUUGCUCGUAACUGUAGAGCUGGAGGAAUACAACAUCAGCCCCCACAAGUUUCUCAGCAUAAUUUUCACAUCCGUCCUGGCAUGCAACGUCAAUUUUCAUCUCAGUUUAAUUCAUAUACUCGUCCUGGCAUGCAACACCAGCCUGUACAGAGACCCCAAUUUAAUUCAAACAUACAUCCUGAUGCUCCCACAUUCAAUCCACAACAAGGGCGAACUGCCAACAACCCAUUUAAUGCGGAAUCGGGAAACUAA